AUGGCUCCAACACCAUCAUCAAAAUUGAAAACAGCCCACCAAUCGAAGACUCCCCAAUCGAAGCUUCGCUUGAACUUUUCCAAAGAAACCGCCUCCACCACGACGACCGCCGUAACAGCCGAGCACCCGGUGGAAGUGAUAGGCAGAAUCCGCAACAAUCCAGAUCAAAAAGACAAGUCUCUCCCCACCCAAUCAACAGUACAGAUCAAUUCGGCCCACAAUUCCUUGAGAGUGAAAACCGACAUUGGGUACAGGGAUUUUACGCUAGACGGCGUUUCAUUAUCCGAAGAAGAUGACCUUGAUGGGUUUUACAGGAAAUUCGUGGAGUCAAGGAUUAAAGGGGUAAAGAUGGGAAACAAGUGUACUGUUAUGAUGUAUGGUCCAACCGGGUCGGGCAAGAGUCAUACGAUGUUUGGGUGUGCAAAGCAGCCCGGAAUUGUUUACAGAUCAUUGAGGGAUAUUUUGGGGGGAGAAGAAGAAAUGGAUGGUGAGAAAAUAGGGGUUGGGAGAUUUGUGCAGGUCAGCGUUUUGGAGAUUUACAAUGAAGAGAUUUAUGAUCUAUUGCCAUCAGCCAACAGUGGAGGAAGGUUUGGUCUUGGAUGGUCUAAAGGAGGCAGUGCUUCUAAGGUGAAACUGGAAGUGAUGGGAAAGAAGGCAAAAAAUGCUAGUUUUAUAUCUGGAAAUGAAGCUGGAAAAAUAUUGAAAGAGAUCGAAAAAGUGGAGAAGAGAAGAAUUGUUAAAAGUACACUAUGUAACGAGAGAAGUUCUCGAAGCCACUGCAUGAUAAUUCUUGAUGUUCCAACUGUUGGAGGACGACUUAUGCUUGUAGACAUGGCAGGAUCUGAAAAUAUAGAACAAGCGGGUCAAAAUGGAAUGGAAGCAAAAAUGCAGACAGCAAAGAUCAACCAAGGAAACAUUGCAUUAAAACGAGUGGUCGAAUCCAUUGCAAAUGGUGAUUCUCAUGUGCCAUUCAGAGAUAGCAAGCUAACCAUGCUUCUUCAGGAUUCUUUUGAAGAUGAUAAGUCCAAAAUUCUGAUGAUACUUUGUGCCAGCCCGGGUCUGAAGGAGCUGCAUAAAACUAUUGCCACUUUAGAAUAUGGUGCCAAAGCAAAAUGUAUAGUCCGUGGGCCCCCUACACCAAUUAAGAACAAAGGCGCUGAAGAUUCUUCAUCAGCAGUCAUUUUGGGAUCAAGAAUUGAAGCUAUGGACCAGUUUAUUUAUACGUUACAGAUGGAAAGCAGACUUAGGGAAAAAGAGCGCAAUGAGGCACAGAAAGAGCUUAAGAAGAAAGAAGAAGAAAUUUCUGGAUUAAGGACUAAACUUGCAAUAGUCGACGGAGGAGGAACGAGGAUAAGCGAAGAUGAGAUUGAUUCAAAAGUAAACGAGCGAGCACAGAUGCUGAAAAGUGAAUUAGAGAGGAAGAUAAAGGAGUGUCAGAAAAUGGCCAAUGAAAUUCUUGAAAAGGAAAGGAGAAAAAUGGAAGAAAAGAUAUUUCAACAGCAACAGGAGGUUGAAAUGCUCAGGCGUCGUUUAGAGGAGAUUGAGUCUGAGCUUUCUUCUUCAAGGGCUGAAAGUGCAUUGUCAGCAGACAUAGAGGAAAGCAGCUUUAUUAAAAGGUUUUUGGAGGUCAGUUCCGAGGAUUCAGAGAUGGUAAAAUCCAUGGAUUUGGAUAAGUCGCUUGACAUGGGCAUUAUUAAAUAUGAUGAUGUGGUUCACAAGGCAGAAUCAAAUUCAAUUACUGCCAUUUCUGGAUAUUGUGACAUGAACAAUUCAAAUGAAGACUCAUCAAAUUUCACCAACAAAACAUGGCUGAGCACAGUGUAUGAGGAGGAGGAGGAAGAAGAAGAGAGUGAGGAAAAAUUAUUAGAGGAGGAAGUGCAGAAAGAGGUAAUUGAGGAGGAGAAGACAUAUCUUAGCACUCUCGAUUUGCCAGAAUUUUCAUGUGAAAAUCCAGAGAAAGAUGACUAUUAUGAAGAUACAGUCGAGCUUGUACGAUUUGAAUUGUACAGCAAGCCACAAAAUGACAACAAUGCAACCUCUAGAGAAAUGAGGAUUCAAAAUAUUUUCACACUAUGUGGAGAUCAAAGAGAACAUUCCCAGCACGAAACUCCUACACCUGUUAGAAAGAAGUUAGAAGAUAUUGAUUCCCUGUCAUCAUCUCCUUCGAAGAGCGUGGGACAGCUUGGAAAAAUUAGUAGAUAUGCUGAGAUAGGAAAAGAUUCGAAGGAGAAUCACAACCCGUUAGAUGAUGAUGAAACAAGUGGUGACCUUGAAGUAUAUGUGAAAUGGGAGGCUUCAAAAGAAAAUGCUGGCAAUUUUAUUACCACAUUAAAGGUUUUGAAAGAUUCGACUCUUGCUGACUUGCGGAAGUUGAUAGAAAUCUAUCUUGGUGGGGAGGAGCAAGCAUUCACUUUCCUUGUUCUUGGGGAUGAUCCAUCAAGAUGUCCCGUGUCUAGAGAAAAGGAGGCAGCAACUCAGACGAGCAAGCUUCCUAUAUGCAACAACCAAUUGUUACACGGUCAUCUUGCUUGUUUACGUCCUGCGAAGCCAAAUCAAUGCCACAGUCAUCUCCCAUUUAGCCCUCUCGAGAAUAAGCUUUGUGCAGCUACUCCAAGAUCACAGCAAGGCGAUUACCUCUUCACCUAA